AUGGCCGGAAAGCGGGGGAAGAAGUGUCGACAGCGAAGCAAUCCGGCACCUGCCGAUGGCACCCGGACAUGCAGCAAGUCGCACACGAGUUUCGACGCGGGUUUGUCUUCUCUUCUUGGCAAUGCCAUUGGUGUCGAUGAGUUUCGGCAAAGCUUCUUUGAGCAGAGGCCGCUACACAUUCAGCGUGCCGGGAGCAACAAGUACUAUGCGCAACUCGACGGUGUCUCAACUCCAGAAAGGCUCUUCAAGCUUAUGGAGGAGGGGGCCGUGCCCGUGUACCGAGUCAACAUGUUUCGCUGCAAAGACGGCAGCAACAAGGAGACUCCGAACCCACCGCCGACCUCAGCUGCGGAUGUGCGGCGGCUCUUUGCAGAAGGCUGGAGCAUCCAGUGGCUGCAGCCACAGCAGGAGCACGAUGCGCUGGCGUCGCUGGUGGUAGCUCUGGAGACCGAGUUUGGCUGCCUUGUCGGGGUCAAUGCGUACCUCACACCACCUGGCACACAAGGCUUAGCGCCUCAUUGGGAUGAUGUGGAGGUCUUCGUCCUUCAGUUGGGUGGAAAGAAAGCCUGGACGCUCCACGCCUCCUCCAGCGCAGCGCCCUCCCCGACACUCCCACGAUUCAGCAGCGGCGACAUCGACCUAGCGUCCUUGUCACCGCCACUACUUUCUCCGAAAUUGUCGGCUGGUGAUUUGUUGUACUUCCCACGGGGGACCAUCCACUAUGCCCCCAACAAGGACUCGACGGAGGCCUCGGUGCACCUCACCGUCUCCGCUUUCCAGCGGCAGUCUUUGUACGACCUCGUGCAGAAGACUUUCGAAGAGGCGAUGUCAGAGCUGUGGGAGGACGAAGCCCUUCUCCGUCGCGCGCUUCCCUGGCCGGCGCUGGCCACGGGCGCAUGGUCCGAGCUAGGAUCUCUGAGGUCCUCAGUGGCCUCACAGCUGCGAGCUCUUGCAGACAUGGUGGAGGCUGAAGCGGCCUCACCGCCGACAUCACCUGGGCCGGUGGCGUCUGCACUGGCAGAGCUCGGUGCAGAGUUUGUGAAACAUCGCAUGCCGCCGCAAAGCCAGGCAACGGAGGUAGCCAUAAUCACGCCGGGGAGCAUGGUGCGCUUGGAGCCCACGGCCUUGGCACUGCUUCCGCGACCUGGGGACGAGGAAGGAGCCACAUUGCACCACUAUGGGCACAAUUCGCGGCGAAACCACAUGAUGAAUCACCCCAAGCCGGCCAUGGAGAAUCUUGGAGCCUUUUCUGAUGUCACGUGUUGCAGGAAUUUUGAGGAGGUGGGUUCGAAGAGUUUGCCUGUGGAGGAGGGGAUGCAUGGUUGGAACACCGAAAGCCGCACGGAAAUCGGGAUAUUUGUGAUGUGGAGAGUCGGUCGGCUUCCUAUCGGUUUUGAGGUUCCUCUCAAGGCUCAGCUUCUGUAG